CUGCAUUUUUUUGAUAACACAUUCUGCAACUUACUCAUUCUGUUUGCGGUUCAAUUAUGCAAUUACUCUGAUAAUCGCAGUGAGGGAAUUUAACCGCCUUUAAUUUGUUAUUCAGGUGGAGAUGAUGGAGGGACCGCGGAUAGAGGAGCGGGGCUGCGCCUCUACUGCGCAGCGACUGCGGCAGAGGAGCUGCGGUCUGCAGAUUAAUGCAGAGGAAAAUAGAGGUCUGCUGGAGACUUUCCUCUGCUUUCAUCCUAAGGAGGAUCCCUGACCUCGGAUGGCUCACAUCUGUCUGCUUCUUCUCCGUCACGUGAUCAUUUACAACCAAAGUUCUUCGGACCCCAACCCCAGCCUCACCAAUGGGCUUCUCUGUCGCAAAGAGUGGACCAAUCAGCGACUGCCUUUGAUGAAUAUUCAUGAGUUCCAGAUUCAAACCUUUGAGCGAGUUUGUCUCGGUCCACAGCAUCACUCCCAGGACUUUUUCACAGGCGCAAACUGAAUUUUCUUAUGAAUGGAAGGAGAAAAAAUCAGGCCGGCUUAAAUUGGGACCCAUCCUUUAGCUGAGAUCACAAAAGGAGGAAAACAACAAAAGCGGAGCGGAGACAGGAGGGAACCGCCAGAAGAGAUGACAAUGACCACGAUUCCAGAAGGUCUUAAUAGCCCUGCCUCAGGAAAAGCCGUUUUCAUGGAGUUUGGACCCCCGAGUCAACAAAUGUCUCCUUCCUCCAUGUCUCACGGACACUAUCCCAUGCACUGUUUACAUUCUACAGGUCACACGCAGCACGACAGCUACAGCCCAGCAUCUUCGUUCCCCAGAUCUUUGGGUUAUCCGUACGUAAACUCCGUCGGUAGCCAUCCAACCAGUCCAUACCUGAGUACAGUACAGACCUACCAGAACAGCUCUGGGCUCACACAGACACGGCUGGAGGAUCCAGCACCAGAAGCUGAGAAGAACACAGUGGUAGAAGGCGGGGAGGUGCGAUUUAACGGCAAGGGGAAAAAGAUUAGAAAACCAAGGACUAUAUACUCCAGUUUACAGCUCCAAGCGCUCAACAGGAGAUUCCAGCAAACGCAAUACUUGGCGUUACCGGAGAGGGCUGAGCUGGCUGCGUCGUUGGGUCUGACUCAGACACAGGUAAAAAUUUGGUUCCAGAAUAAACGAUCCAAAUUUAAGAAACUAAUGAAGCAAGGCGGCAACACAAUCGACACAAACGUUUUAGCAACCGGCCGUGGACUUUCAACCGGCUCGCCUACGGUUGCUCAGGUUUGGACAUCCCCGACCACCGUGAAGACCUCGGUUGGCACAACCGGCUCUUACAUCCCCAGCUACACCUCGUGGUACCCGACCACGCACCAAGAGUCUAUGCAACAGUCGCAGCUCAUGUGAGCAGAGACUCAGGAUGUUGAGGGAGCCGCAGCGGCACGAGCGCGGCCUCGGCAUUGACGAUGCUCCACUAGAAAAGCUGCCGCAUCCCGCGCGCUGAGGCCUCCUCUUCCCGGCGAGCAGACAGGAGGGAGGGAGAAGCAGGAAAAAAUGGAGGGGAAGCUGAGAGGACGAAAAUGCGCACAGUGAACCCACGCAGGGCAGCGAGUCACUGGCAGCGGGAAUCAAAACGAAAAAAAAGCAUAUUUGGGCUGCUGUUGUUUACUUUCAUUUUUUUUUAACUCAAAUCGGUGUAAGGAUUUUUAUUGUUGUUUUUUUCCUUUAUUUUACUGCAGAUGAUUACCUAAAACCAAGCAUUGAUUCCUAAAUGCCAAUCAGGUCUUUACCCAAAAUAACAGAUUCCAGCAGUCAGGCCGCCAUGCUUACAGCAUAAUUCAACCACAGUAAAUAUUCACCUCGCUGUGUUGUUUCUAUGUGUUUGUUAUUUAAGUUAAAUUAUUCCGACUCGUCUGUGUUCAUUCUGUAUGCGUGUUUUGAGAUGACAACAUUGUGUUGUUGUAAUGCUGCACUAACGCAGGCAGAGCUUUUAUUUUUGCCGUGCCCCCUAUGUCAUGUGAACAAAUGUAAAAGGCCAGCCGAUCCGCUGUUUCUGAGAGAAAAAAAAGAAAUACCCCGAAGACGAGCAGCUAUAAAUUGUCACUGUAUUUUGUAUAUAAUUUUUCAGAUUUCUUUCUCUUUUUUUGGUUUGUUUGUGAUUUUACUUGAUACGCUGUGAAACAGGGUUUUUAGGCUUUUUGUGUAUAUAUUAUUCGUCGACAUGUGUUUUAGUCACCAUAGAAUAUAUUUAGUUUUGUAUUGAUCACUUUAAUUUAUUAAUCUGUUUAUGGAGUUUUUUUUGUACAUAAAAGUGAGAAAAAAGUUUCAAAAGCAGUAAAAUAUGAUUUAAAUUAUGCUUAAGCACGGUGUCUGAUUCAACCCUCUCUUCCUGUCCACAUCCUCCUCCUCCUCUCCUCUCUGCGCCGUGCAGCUUUAAUGCGAGCUGACACAAAGCAGGAUCAUGUUGGCUGUUGUAGCAGACACCAUGUGAGCUGCAGAAAAAGGCGCCCAGUUUAGAUUAAGGCCAUGUUUAACAAUCGGCCCUACAUGCCUUUGUGCAGCUCCUGCUCACUGAAUGCAGAUGUGAUAAAACCUCUGGAGUGAACCACAGAUGAGAAAUCAUGCUGGAAAUUUUAUGGAAAAUAUCAGCCUAUUUAUGACUAUUAAAGAGCUACAAUAAUGUAUAAAUUUAACA